AUGGCCGUGAAUCAGCAAGCCCAAGUGGACCGUGAGAAGCUGGAAGCCGUUCGCAAACGCUACGCCGAAGAAGCAGCCAAACGUAUCAGACCCGAAGGCCUGGAGCAGUUUCUCCAGCUGACAGAGACGGACGAGAAGCGGCUGCACGCCCUUGUUGAAGACCCGUGGGUGGACCACGACGCCUUGAACGCGCAGAACUCACCCAUCAAGAACGGAGAAGUGUACCGGUUCUUCGUCGUGGGCGCGGGCUUUGGGGCUCUUCAGUAUGCUGUGCGUCUGAUCGAGGAAGGCGUCGCAUCCGCCAGCGACAUUCGUCUUGCUGACGCCGGGGGGAGGGUUUGGGGCUACAUCUAUCUGCCGCUUCUGGAGGAGACGGGCUAUGUACCCGAGAACAACUAUUCUCCAGGUGAAGAGAUCCGAUUGCACGCGGAACGCAUUGCAGCGCAAUGGGAUCUGGUAGACAAGACACUCUUCCGGUCCGACGUGAAGAGUGUCGAAUGGGACGAGAAGACGCAGCUUUGGACUGUCAAGCUUGUACAAGGAUGUGGACCUUCUGCUGCUCCAAUCCCCCUACAGUUUCGAGCUGAGUACGUCUACCUCGCCGCGGGCGUUCUCACUCGACCGCAGAUUCCCAGAAUCCCUGGCAUCCUGUCCUUCUCCGGCUCACUGUUCUACACAUCACGCUGGAACUACGCCAUCUCCGGCGGUUCGCCUACGGACCAGACCCUUUCGGGACUGAGGGGCAAGGGUUGCCGUCGUGGGGACCGCGGCGACGGCCAUCGGAGUCAUCCCAGAGGUUGCGAAGUUCGCGGGAGAGCUCAUCCGACCGACCCGGACGAGUUUCGAAGCAGAGUUGCCCGGAACAAAGGAUGGCAGUUUGAGCGGCAGUUGAACUUCAACACGUUCCUGACCAAUUCGGCCAAACCGGGCGAGGAGAACCUAGUCAACGAUGGCUGGAAAGAUAUGCCAGCAUACUCGGCUAUCCUGGGAUCGCCCAGCCAUGGGAUCGUUGAUCCCUCGCCUGAAAAUCUGGCAGAACAGGCCACCAGAUUCCACAUUCUGGAUUUGUCGCACAUGGAGACGGUUCGCGCCAGAGUUGGCCAGCUCGUCAAGGACCCAGACACAGCAGCUCGGCUGAAGCCGUGGUAUCCGUCAUGGUGCAAGCGGCCAACAUUCAGCGACACGUAUCUGCAGACUUUCAACUGGCCCUACGUCCACCUACUUGACACGGACGGUAAAGGUGUGUCCAGGGCGACAGAAUGCGGCCUCGUGGUCGGUGACAACGAAUACCCGCUCGACAUCAUUAUCUUCGCAACAGGCUACCGGGCACCCGGUUAUGGCAUUGGAAGUCCCGCCGUGCGAACGGGCGUGGAGAUCAUUGGCCGCAACGGACAGUCUCUGGACAAGAAGUGGCAGACGAAGGGGGCCGCGACACUGCAUGGCUACGCGACGAACGGCUUCCCCAACCUCUUCUUCUCGAGCGCCAACCAGGCCACGCAGACAGGAAACAAUAUCAUGAUGCUGGGUAUCAUCGCGACGCACAUCACGUACAUAAUUGCCCAGGCUGAGCGUCGCGUCGGUCCCGGUCAACGGGCUAUCAUCGAGGUAACGCCCGAUGCCGAGGAAGCGCACACGGCGCAGAUCUUGAAACGUGCCCCGUUUUACUCGACACUGGCGGGCUGUACGCCGGGAUACUUCAAUUCGUAUAACGAAGCGGGGACAUCUCUGAUCCGGAGGAAAAACGGAAGCGGGCCAAGGCCAGUGCAUGGUCUGAGGGGACGCGGUCGUAUCUCGACUACCUGCAGAAAUGGCGGGAUGAGGGUUCACUGGGGGGAUUAUUGGUUGUUCAAGCAAGUGUGAAGUCCAAGUUGUAAUUAGGGUUAUAUCGAUAUAUCAUCUUGUAUAUAAUCCCUUUUCUUAAGAUGUGUAGUGCAUGCGGCCAUAGGGUGUAAUAAUAGGGUGUGGAAAACAGGGCUUCCCGUCCGCUCAGCCCUACUUCAGCCUUCUUCGCGCCCAACCGACCCAGGAGCCCUCUUCGGGCGGAGGGAUCUCAAGGAUGGACACACUGAACGAUCUUGUAAUGAAACGAUGUAAUAAAAGAAAAAAAACACAACGACGAUGGAGCCUCGCUCCUAUACGACGACGAUGAAAACGAUACUAGUCAAGCAAACUAGAAACCAAAGGUAUACUCAAUUUCUCGUAACUAUCUGGGAGGAAACCCACCUUAAGUACUCUCCGGCCACGGGCUCCGCCAUACUAAGUAUGGCGGAGUCCGCGGUUGUACGGCGUUCCAGGAUAGGAAAUAUGAGAGAUCCGGGGUUUCGUAGUGCCCCCGGCACAACGCAGUCAGGCCUUGGACCAUCAAAAACCUGACACAUAUAAGGAGUAUCAGUCAAGGAACUUGUGACGAUCAGCUAUAAUAGGAUGAGAAGAGGAAAGCAACUCGUUAUUUGGCCGUACUGUCGAGGAAUAUCGUAC